ACAAUGGAGAGUUCGUGAGCAGAUUUUACAAUGGAUUGCUGUAUGUUCAAAAAAAAUAUCAGAUUUUCCUAUAAGACAUUGGGUACCAUACAUGGUUAAGCUGCUCGAAGAUCCACAUGAACAAGUGAGGGAAACGGCAAAAGAUACUGUAACAUUACUUUUCAGUGGUGCCGCAUCGCACGCUAAAUCAGACUUAAAGCGUGAACUUAAAGAACAGUCAAUUCGUUCUGGAAUAGUCGAUUAUAUACUUUCAAAAAUUGUGACCAGCCCAUCAAGUGAUGGGCAUAGUGAACGUAAUAGUGUAUACGAUAAUACCGAUAAUCACACAGAUGCUGGAACUGAAAUAACGGAAGAGGAUUAUUUUAGUAGUGGAACAGGGAAUGAAGAUACUGCGAAAUCCAUAGAUUCAUUAGUUAGACCUACCAGUUCUGCUGAUAGUGAAAUUGGUGUGAUAAACGUUGAUAGCGCAAAAGAACUAGAAAGAGAAUUCCAAACUUUAUUAUCUUCUUUUCAAGGGAGAGAAUCAGAACAAAAUUGGUUGGCCCGUGAACGUGGCAUAAAUCGAUUACGUUCAUUGACUAGGGGAGACGCCUAUACAAGUUUUCCUGAACAAUUUAUUAAUGGAAUAAAAUUAUUGAUGGAUGGCAUAUUGAAAUCGCUUUCUAGUUUGCGUACGACACUUACCUUAGCAAGUGCUGGUCUUAUCAAAGACUUAGCAACACACUUAGGACCCGCCAUCGAUCCGUUUGCGGACAAUUUACUAGCUAAUCUCAUCAGAAUGACUUCUUCAGCCAAAAAAAUUGUUGCACAGGCAGCUGCUAAUUCAGCAAACGCAUUAUUAAAACAUACGUCAUAUCAUUCUCGCCUUAUCAAUCAAAUUUGGCAUGCAAUGGAAGAAAAAAACAUGCAACUUCGAAGCUUCGCUAUUGGAUUUGCAAAAACCGUAAUUCAAUCACAUUGCGAUAGAAAAGAUGUGAUUGAACGAACUGGUGGUGCUGAAUUAUUGGAAAAAUGUGUAAGAAAAGGCCUAACUGAUGCAAAUUCUAAA